UCCCAUGGUUUCCAUCAUGAAACCACACAAGUGAAGAAACUCAUAAUGGCGCCCUCAGCGGCCCAGACAACUGUUACAGAACCCUUCCCUAUCUCACGGGUCGCGGAUCGCUACCUUCUCUUUUCCAUCGACAUCAUCAGUCACUGCCGGCGCAACCACAAUAUCUGUGGUAUGCUCAUUGGCACCAUCCCAAAUCUCAGUCAGCAGAAUGUCUUCCUAGGUAUUCCGCUCGAGCUCAUGCCUGAAGAGGCACGAGUGCUGGUGGAGCGUGGCGCGGCAUACAUGGUUGACGACGAGGACGUUCAUAGGAAGACGUUCCUGGAUAUGAGUAGAGAGGAUAGGCUGAAGUGGUUGGAAGAGAUGGACCGCAGAGGCGAGGAGGUCACAAGGGGUACGGAGGACUUGAAGGAGAUGAGGAAGGACAAGGCGUUGAAGGAGAAGGGUUUGAGGAGAGAGGUAUUGGAGAAGAAUGGAGGAAAGUGUAGCGGGUGAGGUGACUGUCCCAGCAGAUCCUGUGGAAGAUUCAGCAUCUGGCCUGGGCUUCAUCAUGAAGGGAUCGAGCUUCACCGACUCUUCUUCAGUAGCGUCAACCGCAGCGAGUCAUGCUUCGACGGCUGAUACUUCUCUCUUCGAUUCUACUCCUGCUUCUCCGGCUCCAUCUGUCGUCGGCUCCAUAGCCAGGCCUUCGCUGGGCCAAAGGCACUUCGUCACGCCUACCACAUCAUAUCCUCCCAUUCCCAACCCACUCGAUGCGUCCAGUGCUCAGCUUCCAACGGUGCCCAAGAGCUACCCGCUCUUCCGUUACCUUCACUCCUUGGGCUACUACCACAUGCCUGGUCUGCGUUUCGGAUGCCAUUACAACUCAUACCCUGGCGAUCCGUUGCGGUACCACAGCCACUUUGCUGCCACUGGCAUGGGCUGGGAUGAUGAGUUUGAGCUGCUGGAUAUUGUUGGUGGCGGUCGAUUGGCCACAGGAACGAAGAAGGCAUACAUGAUUGGGGGCGAAGACGUCGAUGUAGUGAAGAAGAAGCAAUUGGCUAGUGAAGAGCCAGACUUGUUCUCGGAUGACACGAAGGAAGAAGGCAGGGAAGUCAGAGCCUUCUCCAUUGAGUGGGCUGCGAUAUAG